AUGCAAAAACCCAGCAACAGAACUAAAGAGGAGUACACGGACUACCAGAAGUACAUGGCCAACCAUGCGCAGUACGAGGACUGCCCUACAGGGCGCAGUCAGCAGGCUCCAGCAGCGCCGGACUACAGCCAUUACCUGAACGUGCCAAAGUUCACCAGCGGCGGCAAGGAUGUCCCACAGGACUACCAGCACUUCGCAGAGUUUCAGAACUACCUGAAGAGCCAGAGCCAGGGCAGUCAGAGCCCCGUCUCCUUCGCUGCAAAGGAGGCAGAUGCGUCCGAAGACUCCUCCAAGUCAGCAAAGGAGGCUUCUUCGGAGGAGGAGUCUAAGAAAGCAACACCCAGCUCCCAGUUCAUGAACUACCAGAAGUACAUGGGCGGAGAUGGGCCAGAGAGCUUCAUGGACUACUCCAAAUACACAGGUGGGGCAGGCGGGGCUGGAGACUAUGAGAAGUACAUGAACUUCAACAAGGACAUGGACUGGCAGCAGUACAUGAACUACCAGCACUUUAUCUCAGGAAAUGGCCAAGGGUCUGGUGCAGAUUUCCAGAAGUACACACCUACAGGCAGCUCCGACAAGACCGAGGGUGGUGCCGUCAGCUUUGCUGCUGCCGCGUCAGACGGCAGCUCUCAAUCUGGCUCUGACUCGCAGGGAGCCGGACAGGGCAACUACCAGCACUACAUUCCGGACUACCAGAAGUAUAUUCCAGGUGGCUCCGGUGGCUCCAGUGGUUCUGGCGACUUUCAGCAGUACAUGGACUUCUCCAAGUACAUGGGUGGAG